AUGUCCACAUUACACUCGCGGCAGCAUCUAUCUACGCACUUACCAGUCGACAUCUUCUACGACAUUCUCGGGCAUUGUGAUCUUGCGUCAGUUCUUGCACUCUCCAGCACAUGUCGAAGAUUGUAUGAAGUCGCGCAGCAUACUACAGUCUGGAGGGCCAUAGUGCGCCGGCUCCAAGAGCAGUGGAUUCUGGAAUCAGAUAUUCCCAACUUAUCUGAGCUCUCCUCCGUUGAGCUCAUCUCGAUAGUUAAACGCGCCGUUAUUGGCCCCGAGACAUGGACGCGGUCUACACCUGAAGUUCGGGCCGCUAUCACGAUCCCAGCAACAAUUCGUCAAGGGCCAGGUGUCCUCCACUGGGACGACGACACCCGGCUGGUCCCCAACGGGCGUUAUGUGUUGUUCCUCAAUGAAGGGCACCUGCAGUGCUUCAGCAUCGCCGAAAAACGACAUAUAUGGACAUAUGUGUCGGAAAUCCCCACGACAGACCAUUGUUCGGUCCAGGACUUUGACGUUUGUGCCCACCCGGACAAGGCUGGCGAAUGGAUGGUGCUGAUGAUUGGAGAGCGGACCUUCCCACUGCAUGGCAUGUUUCCAGGUCGACGCAACUUUAUCACUGUUAUCGAGUUCGAGCCAACAACUGGUUACGGUCCAUUCAACGCCUUUUCGCUCCAAGGUCAUGUUGGCACUGCAGAAAUUAACUCCGACCGGGCCAAUUUCCUCCUUGACUGGAAGCGCAAGCAGUUUGUGUGCGUGAGCGGGAUGGGGAUGUUCAGUCGUAUAGGACUUAUCACCGACCACGUUGUGCUCAAAACAGCUCGCAAGGGAGCAGAGAUGCUUUAUCUCAUACCUUCCGCAGACAUCUUCGAAAAUUACGGGACUCGGGUGACAACAUUCGACCGUCUCGUCUCCUCAGUCUGUAUGGUCGAUGUUCUCGUUUUAUCUGCUACAGUGGAGCACACAAUUGUCCGGAGUCACAUUACAGGAGAUAGCGACCUCGUCAUACACAAAUCUCCCCUUCGUGAUAACACGUGGCGAGUAUGGGUCUACUGUGCUAUUCCCCAGAGUUACGGGUUCCCAGAAAGGCGCAUCCUGCGCUGCUAUCAGAUCACGAUUCAUGAAGGUCGUCCUCUUCUUUCGCAAAGAUCCUCCCUCGUACCAAACCUCCUUCGUGGACCACGUGGAUUGAGCUACUCUGGGCAUGCUUCAGUGUACUACUCACCAUCACGAGAACUUAUCGUCCCGCCUCCAAAGCCGCCCUCCGACCAGGGCGCCCAUGCAUUGACAUCGACGAUUGUCACACGCGCGUGGCGCGCGUUGAAAAAACCCGGCUACCGGUCGGAUUCCAGACUGCUAGAUGCGGCCGUGGUGACUCUGGAUGGGUGCGACGCGGACCAUGUCCAUAUUUCUGCUUAUGCCGGGGCUUUGUGCUAUCCUACGACGACAGACAUCCGAAUUCUGUAUUAUAGGUGA